UCGGGAGAAAGAUCUGUGUUCUGCAGCUCCACACUGAGGCUCAGGCUGCCUGCAGCACUUCUACACUUAACAAACACUCCGACUCGGCUGACAGCUCAGUUCCACCUGCUCUACCGAUCAGCUGAGACACCAGCUCUGAUUUUCUUUUUUUUCCACAGGAGAAAAAAAAUGAAACUUGAAGUUUUCUCCGCGCACCACUUUGCGCAAAAGCCACUGGAGCUGUGCAUGGAGCCAGAAGGGGGGCUUCCCUCUCCUUUGUCCGGGGAUGAGCUCGGCUCAGACGGAGACUGCAUGGCGAACAGCCCGGCACCUGUCACUCAAGGCAGCGAAGCCGGCAAAGGGAAGCCCUACACCCGCAGACCGAAGCCCCCUUACUCCUACAUCGCCCUCAUCGCCAUGGCCAUCCGGGAGUCCAGCAGCGGCCGCCUGACCCUGGCAGAGAUCAACGACUAUCUGAUGAAGAAGUUCCCGUUUUUCCGAGGCAGCUACACGGGCUGGAGGAACUCUGUGCGCCACAACCUGUCACUCAACGACUGCUUCCUCAAAGUGCUCCGGGACCCGUCCAGGCCUUGGGGGAAGGACAACUACUGGAUGCUGAACCCACACAGUGAAUACACCUUCGCUGAUGGGGUCUUCCGGCGCAGGAGGAAGCGCAUCGCCAAGAGGGGCCCUAAAGAGCAAGAGAGCCCAGAGGUGCUUAGUGAGGACACCCGACUCCCCGCCCCUGAGGAGAGAGUGGGGCCCAGGUUCUCCAGCUCCUUCGCCAUCGACAGCAUCCUCAGCAAGCCUUUCAAAAGAAGAGAGGAGUACCACCCUGACGCACAGAACCCAACCCUACGGAUGUACUGGGCCCCCGGGCCCCACACUCUGCCGUACGCAAUGAAUCCGAUCCAGCAUACAUAUGUGUCUGAGGCAGCGUACAGCUGCUCGGAGCCAAGAAGGGAUCCGUACCUGCAGGCAACGGCAGCUGGCAGUGUCGCACCUGAAGGCGCCUUCAAGGUGCCCAGCAGAGCCCGAUGCUUUCACAUAGACUCUCUGCUUUCAUAGAAA